AUGGUGGCUAUUGAACAUCGUUCGAAAUCUUCGAAUACUACGACUUCAACAUCCAUAUUAUCGCCCACUUCGAAUUCGUCCGUCAACUCGGCCACAACAUCGGUGACUUCUACCACAUCCCUAUCGACCAAGUCUACAACAACCUUAACGGUAAACAAAAAAAUGUCGACGGAACCGGAAACAUCGUCAUCCUCCAAGAGUGCUGUUAGCCAACGUCAAGUUGAUGCUAAGGUAGCCAAAAAAUCACAGAAGGAUAAGGAUGCCAACAGCCAAGACGCCACAAAAAAAUCAUUGAAAUUGGAUUUAAAGGGUAAAGAAACAGAUUUGGAAUCACUGAAGUCGCCAAAGUCCCCUAUAGGAGGUCGCCUAACUCACCAAACCUCACUGUCUUCGUCCGUUGAUGUAGAGGAUCGCAAAACCUUGCGAGAGGCCCUCUACCAGGGUAUAUUCCAUCGUCAUCGAAGAACUAUAUUUGCCUUUGGUAGUUUUCUCCGUAUGCUGCGCAGUCGCAACUCCCAGUACAACUCCAUACGCAGUGCAUCCGAGGGCGAGGCUGAGGUUGAGGAAGUCAGAUAAGAUGAGAUGAUUACCCAUGACAUAAACAAUGAUAAAACUGAGAAAUAAACAAUUCACAUUUUUUUUUUAACUUAAGAAAUUUAUUUUAUAACAUACAAGAAAAAAACGAAAAACAAAACAAAUAUAUAUACAUACUUAUAUAUGAAGUAUAAAAAUAAAAUAUGUAUUGUAUUUAAGAAAUGGGAACAAGUUCAUAGAAUUCAAAAAAAAAUUUUCUUUUCGAACAAUUUUGCUAAAUUUCCAAGAAAAUUACACAAAAAUAAAACAAAGAAAACCCAAAGCAGGUGAACUUAAAAAUUGUUUUUCAUAGAAAUUUAUAAGAAAACUGUAUACUUACAUUAUGUGCAAAAAUACGUAACUACACAUAUGUAUGUAUGUGUAUCUAUGUAUUUAUGUAUAUUGUUACAAUUAUAUACAUACAUAUAUAUAACGAUUGGCUUUUUUAAAAAUGAAAAAAAAAAAAAAAAAUACAAAGAAAUCAAUUUAAAUAAAAUUUGAAGUUAUUAAUAUAUUUUAAGUUGGGUACUUACACAAAAACAAUUGUUUGAAAUAACAAGUCAGGACUUAAAAGAGCAUUCCAAUAUUUCUUACUACCAUUUAUGUUUUUGAUUUCAUUUUUUGUUUAUUUUCGAAUAUAGUCUUAUUUGAUUUUUUGCAAUACUAACUUAUAAAAACACAAAAAACUAUCAAUAAAAUCCUUAACAACAAUCAAAAACCAAAAAACGUUGGCAUUAAACAAGUUUUAAUUCUGCAGUUCUUAUCAUUUCUCCCAUUAACAAAAUAGAUCCAAACGUCGCUGCUUGUUGGUCCGAAGCAAUCCAAAUCGAUUCGAUGCAGAUCUCUGUGUAGAUACUUUAUACAGUGAUUAUUGUAUUCUCCUUAUUCUUAUUUUACAACAUUUCCAAAUUAUGGUGUAAAUACGAGACUAAAUUGUACCGUCUUGUCUUUGCGAUUGGCAAAAAAAAAUCCUUAAACAUUUAUUUGAACCCAUCCAAUUUGUUUUCAAAGUCCCCAUCAAAAGGUUUCAUUAUUCUUUGGAAUGUUUGAUUUAAACAUGUAGUAUUUAAGUUUCAUGCAAAAAUUCAAUGCAGCAUAGAAAAUAUAGCCAAUGUAAGUAAGUAGUGAAUCAAUCAGACAUUUCAUCGACUAUUAAAAGUUUUUAGCCUACAAAUGGUUAUGGUUAUCUAUUCAAAAUUAUACUCGCUGGAGUCGCAAAAAAAACAUUGGCCUGUUUGAAAUCGAAGUUUCCUUAAAAUCUGUCCGAGUCUAUAUAAGAUAUAUUUAGAUACAUAUAUGGUAAUUUACCUUCAGAAAUUGCCAGAACAUUAACGUACCGAUGACCAUUAUAGUUUGAGUAAUAGCAGCGCUUCGCUUUCGUUUAGGUUAUGCAAAUAUUUCGCUAGGACUGCGCGCACACCUGCACGUUUUAAGGGCGAAAAGGAAAGUGAAACCAAGAGCAGGGGGCUAAUCACGGCAUUCCAUAGCGUAUUCGUUCCUUCUUCGAGCAAAUUGUUGACACGAAAACAUGUUUGGAUAACACCAUUCGAAAAGCGAAUUAGCAUAAAAAAAAUAUUGGAAAAUUUAGUUGGCUGCAGUAAAUUAAGGGAAAACUUUUCAAGUUGUUUGCCUGUGAAGGUGAAUACCAUUAUUUUAUUAUUCCCAUUCCAUUUCUUUUUCGAGACGAGAUUAUUAUGAUCGAAACAUUUUUCCAUUGUAAAAAUACUUUGAUCAUAAAAAGCUCGUCUCGAAAGAUAAAUAGAAUGAGAAAAUAUUACUUUGUUUUGUGAAUCUAAAUGCAAAACAUACUUUUUAUUGUGCUUGUGUGUUGGUGGAUCUCCCUAAGGGAAACAGAAACAAGGAUUUCAUGGUCGAUAUUUUGCGCAAUGCCUAGCAAACCAAGGAUAGAUCCAUUCCAUUAAUACUAAUUCGUCAAUUUCUUUUUCUGUGUUCCUUCCGCACACACGAUGAGACGAUGACAAAAACUUAUCUACCGACAAAAAGGCAAGUGGUUGGUUUUGGAAAUUUGUGGAGGGGUGCAUACGGUGAAUCGCUGCCAAGUUGGAAGUGGUGUUAUAGUAAAGUCCACAUUUUAGCGUUUGAAUUGAAAAUUGAUUGAAAAAGACUACUCCAUGGCAUGGUUUCAUAUAUAUUUAUCUUCUUCCAACCUAUGCUGUCAUCGAAACCAUCAAGUGAGAAAUAAAACUUCCCACCGUGUCUAAUUGCUUUAACCUGCGUGCAAUUCCUUAUAAUUUUUUGCCAAAUUAGUAUGCUUUUCCAUGUUAAAAGUUAAUAAAUCAAUCUUUAUAAUUUAUAAAAGAAGAAGGACACAGCUAAAAGUUGUUAUUUUUACAUUCUUACAAAUCAAAAACACAUGAUUCUCGAUGACAACAGAGCCAAUGUGGUUGGGAUUUCGAACAAACGGUACUCGAUAUCGAUUCUAGUUAUUCGAUAUAGCUGCCAUAUAAACCGUUCUUAGGUUUUGACUUCUUGAGUCUCUAGACGGCGCAAAUCUCGUCUGAAUUGACUGAAAUAUUGCACGUCGUGUUUUGGAGUCACUUCCAAAUCGGUGCAUGUUCUGAUAUAGCUGCCAUAUAAACCGAUCUUGUGUCUUGAUUUCUUGUUUAAAAUUUAUAUUGUGUUCUCAUUGAAUGAUAUCCGUGGCAUAUUUUGAUAAUCGAACAACAACAACAACAACAUUUUGCCUUCCAAUUCUAAUUAUUUAUCCAAAAACUCAUCGGAAUUUAAGGAAUUUUCAUUUCUUUCAAGUUUUAACAGAUGUAGCACAGAAAAACGCUAACGAGGUCUCUGAUUCAAAGAGCCAACAAACGUUAAAUAAAACUUGUAAAAGUCACGACCAAGCCUCACAAACCACACCAUGUCCCAAAAAAGAAUGACUCCAAACAAAAGGUUAGCCUCCGAGCAAAGAUAAAUCUUCACAUUUCGUCAUUUGUGUUUGAGAUAGUUUUUUUUAUUUUUGCGCUUAAUUAAGGAUGUGGAUUGUAAAUGACAACGAUGCUGUACAUUUUUGUUUUUCAUGUUCCAAAUAUGUACAUUUUAGAGUCUUUGGGCCAUUGCAAAGUAACAACAAUUAAGAAAUAAGAUUAUAUACAUACUUGCUAUACAUUUGCUGGAACAAAGCCUUAAUUAAAUAAAUAUAUACAUUAAAACAAAAACACUUACAUAUACAUGCAAAAAGUGUUAGAAAAUGAAAUAAACAUAUAUAAAAGAAUCAAAGCUUGAAAAAAGUUUCUGUUAACAUUCAAUGAAAAAAAUAAAAUAAAAAUUAAAAUAGAUUAUAAUAAAAUGAAAACUAUUGGUAACAGGUUGUUUCUAAAAACAUUAAACGAAAUUAAAAAUGUUCGCUUAAAAUGUAUUUUUUGUUUAUUUUCCAAUUCGGAUGUACGCUUUGGCUGUCUACGUAAUUUUCCUUCAAUAUUUUCAAAUGCACCGGAACGUUCAUAUAGUAUGGACAUAUACUUAUGUGUAACGAAAUAGGAACAUAAAAAUGGUUACAAGCGUAUCGCUACUUGUAAUUAUGUAUAUGAGUGUAAAAGCGGACAUCUUGACAAAGUGAAGGAAUAUUCUCCGCGGCUACAUCCUGUCACACUUUUACUGGCUUAAUUAAUUCUUAUUCUGCAAAGACUGUAGAUUAUGCUGUACUACUGCUACCAUCUGAACUCCACUUAUUUUUCGACAACAAAGACUAUGUCAAUGUAUUAAUAAAUAUCUGUAGCAUUUCGAGUGAAAAUAUAAAUAUCAAAAGAUACGUUCUGGAUUUACCAAAAAAAAAAAAAAAAAAAAAACAAAAAACAAAUAUCUACAUUUAUAAAAAGAAAAAGGAUAUAUUCUAAAAGAACACAUUUUUUCUACAAAACUUAUAUAAAUAAUUGGCAUAAUUGUAACAUGUAAAUUACUAGAAAUAUAAGAAAAAAAUUAAAUUUGCAUUUCAAAAUACUUGACUAAACGACAGGCGAAAAUCCAAUUGCAAAACAUAUACACCGAGAGUAAUAUAAUUGACAAUUAUAAAAAAUCAACAAAUAAAUACAACUAAAGGUUUACAAUAAAUAAAAAAAGUUAUUAAUUCCAAA